GGCUGAGCGCGUGCCACACGGCCGCUAGAGUUCUCCCUCCCCGCGGCUCCGUCUGUGUUUACCUCCCCAGCCCCGUGCGGCCAGCGGGACACCGACCACCGUCCGCAGCCGAGGGACUCGGAUGUGAGCUGCCCGGACUCCCCCUGCAGCUGUGAGGCCACCGAGGCGGAGUCAAGAUGAAUAAGGAAGUGAUGUCGCGCAUGAUGAAGAAGAGGCAGGCCGACCCCAAGGUGGUGCAGUAUGUGUGGUCGGCCAUCGAGGUCAUCCGCAACCAGAAGCAAAUCGCAAACAUGGACCGGAUCUCCAAGUACCUGAGCAGGGUGUUUGGGAUGCACCCGAAGGAAACGGCCCGGCAGCUGAGCCUGGCUGUGAAGGACGGUCUGGUGGUGGAGACCCUGACGGUGGGCUGCAAGGGCUCCAAGGCCGGCAUCGAGCAGGAGGGGUACUGGCUGCCCGGGGACGAGAUGGACCCGAAAGCCGAGGGAAGCAAGGACUGGGAGGCGGAGAGCCACGACUGGUACUGCUUCGAGUGCCACCUGCCCGGCGACGUGCUCAGCUGCGACAACUGCUUCCGGGUGUUUCACCUCAAGUGUCUGUCGGAGGAGUGCCGGCCCCGGGACGGGGGCUCCCACUGGCAGUGCGUGGUCUGCAGGGGAAGUAAAAAGAAGAACCUGAACAAACAGGAAAUGUGUAAAUAUCUGCGUUUCAUCGUCCAGCGGAUGAAGGAGAGGGCGGUGGACCUGAACAAGAAAGGCAAAGACACUAACCAUCCCAUGUACAAGAGGCUGAUCCACACGGCUCUGGACGUGAACAACAUCCAGGAGAACCUCUCUGAAGGAAAGUAUAAAAGCUUCGAGGAGUUCAAAGCAGACGCUCAGCUGAUCGUUCACAACACUGCCAUCCUGUACGGAGUUCACAGCGACCAGGCCGAGAUCGCCCGGUUACUCUACAGCGACACGUGUCACGAGUUGAACGAGUUGUUGCUGUGUAAGAACUGUUUCUAUCUGUCCAACGCUCGACCCGACAACUGGUUCUGUUUCCCCUGUAGUCCCAGUCACGACCUGGUCUGGGCCAAGAUGAAGGGCUUCGGGUACUGGCCCGCCAAAGUCCUGCAGCGGGAGGACAACCAGGUGGACGUCCGCUUCUUCGGACACCAGCACCAGAGGGCCUGGAUCCCCUCAGACAACAUCCAGGACAUCAAGGUGAGCGUCCAGCAGCUGCAGGUGAAGCGCAGCGGCGGCUGGAAGAAGGCCUGCGAGGAGCUGGAGGUGUACCAGCGCUUCCUGAGGGAGGGCCGCUUCUGGAAAACAAAGAUGGAGGACGGCAGCCCGCCGCCGAGCCAGAACCAGAAGCAGCAGGAGGAAGAGGAGGAGGAGGAAGAAGAGGAAGAGGAGGAGGAGGCGGCCAGCGGCAGGACGGAGAGGCUGCAGCGCACAGAGGAGGCCGAGUCCAGCAUCUCCUCCACCAGCAACGAGCAGGUCCGACACCUGAAGAGCAGCCUGGAGCCCAAAGCCAAGAAGAGCCGCAGGUCUCAGGCGGUGGAACCCAAAGAAGAAGUCAGCGACCCCGAGCCGGAAAUGGAGGCGGUCAGCUCCAGCCAGGAGAUCCCGGUGUCGUCGGCGCCGCCGCAGCCCGAGAAGCUGUCGGUGUCCACGCAGACCAAGAAGGCCGGCGGCGGCUCGCCGCGCACGCUGCACCGCGGCACGCAGACCAGCAGCGACGGCGCCUGUCAGAACAUGUGCCACGAGAAGUACACCAAGGUCUUCAACGACGUCAAGGAGAUGAUGAAGGCCGACAACAAGCGGGAGACGGAGCGCGUGGUCCGAGAGGCGCUGGAGAAGCUGCGUGCAGAGAUGGAGGAGGAGAAGCGUCAGGCCGUCAGUAAAGCGGUGUCUGGAGCUCAGGCCGAGAUGGAGAGGAAGUGCAAGCAGGUGAAGGAGAAGUGUAAAGAGGAGCUGGUGGAGGAGGUGAAGAAGCUGGUGGCUCAGCACAAGCAGCUCAUCUCACAGACCAAGAAGAAGCAGUGGUGUUAUAACUGUGAGGAGGAGGCCAUGUACCACUGCUGCUGGAACACCUCGUACUGCUCCAUCAAGUGUCAGCAGGAGCACUGGCACGCCGACCACAAACGAACCUGCCGCAGGAAGAGAUGAGCAAGCCCCGCCCCCUCCCAUAACCCCUCCCCCCGCCCGUCAGUCAGUGUCCACCACACACACACACACACACACACACACACACACAGACGGACACACACACACACUGUCCCGCUUCUUUACUUGCCUUCCUAAAACUUUGUGGAGCUGGUGUUUUUCUGAGCGUUUAGUUUCUGGUUCCUUCUCUGAAACGUGGACAGAAGGUUUUAGAGCGAAGCUCCAGCGUCUUUAUCUUCCUUUACUACCUGUUAUUUAAGAGUUAACACACACACACACACUUUAUUAGCCCAGAUUGGAAAGAAGUCAUUUUUUUUUCAUUGUUUUUGCAUAAAAUCUUUUUGGGUUUUUUUUUUUUAAGUGUGUUUUCACCCCGACCACCUACCCCACCCCCACCCACCGGAGGCUGGAGAGAGCUUCAGCUAAGACACAGAAAAUAUCAUGUUCUUAUUUUUUCUUAAUUUAACACUAAGACCACACUUAAGAAUUGACCAGAUCUUUCCCAUUGGAGAAUUGAACUCUUUCUAUUGCCUUUUUGUUGAAAGACAAAUAUCAUGAAAUGCAGAUAAUUUCCAACUAGCGCUGACUGCUGGCUGUGAGGCAGUGCUACUUUUGGGGGCGUGAUUAUAUUUUCUUUUAAAAUUUACUAAAACUACCCUUUAAAGAAAACAAUGCACAUUUUAAAAGCUAUUUUUUAUUCUAGUUCAAUGAAUAUACUGCCGGGGAGAGGGCUUGUCUCAGUCUCAUCAUUCUUCUCUUUAAAAUGAAAUGUUUUAAAAGCUGUUUGAAUUAAAGAAAGUUAAACGAGAGACUGAGUGAAGCCUUUCUCAAAUAUUAAUCCUUCUGAAAUUUUGGAUUUUUUUUUUUUUUUAGAUCGUGGUUUUUUUGGAAGUGUAAUGGAGGCAAAUAGAAAGAGGUGAUAGCUGGGAUGAAAAGACAAGAAUGUUUGGGUCAAAUGUCACAUUUCACCUGCCACACUUUAAAAAAAACCUCCCAUUGAAAAGCUUCUGCUUUCGAGAAAAAACUGACGUUGAUUUCUCCUGCUGGAUGGCACUUUGGUUUUUAACGAAUUCCACCUGAAUUCUUCUUCAGGGUCUCGAUCGUCCUCUUUCCUCGAGUCAACCUGUUCCCUGAAAGACUCGAGGAAAGAGGAGGACUGGGACCCCGUUCCCUCGGUCUCCGUUCCCUCAACAAAUCAGUGGAGUGUUGAUGAAAGACUUUUCAUUGUCGGCUGAAUCGACCUGCGACCAUGGUUCCUUCGCCUGUUCAAGACUUGUUCUUUUCUUUCUGGGGACUGAAGAGUCUUCAGUUUGGACCUGAGGUGAUUUAAUGUCGGCGAUCAGCUGAUCAGUGGGUGAUCAAUACCCGUUUGUCUUCAUGUAUGUUCAUUUCUGUUUCGUUCCGCUCAGUGGACUGAAUGGAAAAAUCGGUCAGACUGAGGACGAACAAACCGAGACAUUAUGAGACAUGAUGCAAAUGUGAUCAUUCUUUUCUAGGGUGACUUCCUCCUCCCUCCCCCUCCUCUUCCUCUCCUUCCUCUUCCUCCUCCUGUCAUGUAUAAAUGGUUUCUUAAAGGUGAUGAAAUUGCCAUUUUUCUUUUGUUCUUUUUUUUUUCACUUGUUAAAAUUGAACAGAGGGAAAUAAAGUUUUUCAAUCAGAAAUCUGAACACUUUAAAUUUCUCACACAAGUUGUGAUCAUUUUGUUUCAAACAUCUGACUGACUUCACAGAAUAUUCAGAUUUUCCUAAUGAUAGAAAUCCAGAAGAGAAGUCUGAGAUAUUCCAGUUUUCUUAAUCUUUUUUUUUUUUUUUGUCUGUGAAUGAAAAUUUCUUCAGGAUUAGAUAAUCCCAAAACUCAUCGUUAAAAUCACUGCAUCAGGAGCCUGAACAAUCACUUUCCAGCAGUAUGCAAGCUGUUUGUUUUUAAUUAUUCCUUCUUUUUUUUCACUUCAGGACAGUUUCUCUCAUUCGCUGAAUUUAUCGGUUUUUCAAAUUAUUGAAAUCAUCAUAAACGUCCUGAUUUUCUGGAUCUUGGUGUCGACCUUGAGGGGAAACUGGACGAACCAGGACGACCUUUCAGUGGUUUUUGUGCAUCGGGCCUCAAGAAGCUCAGAUACCAGAACGUCACACACUCACACAGGAGUUGGUUUAUGGUGUUUAGCAGGACGUGUGGCAGAAAAACGCAUUUUGCUCCCGUAGUUUUUGUCUCGUUGGCAGAUGUGAUCUGUGCUUCGUUUCUCUUCUUCCUCACUCUGACUUGAUUUCCUGGCUUCAGAAGUCCGACGUCCCGCUCCUUCCUCCUCCUCCUCCUCCUCCUCUUCACCCCCCUCCCCCGUCGCCGUUGCACUACAUGUAAAUAAAAGGUCACAGACGCUCGGACGCUCUCCUCCAUGCUGUGUGAACAUUGUAAAUGAAUCCACUUUUGCUAUAUUUUCAGCGAUCUGGAUGACUGUUAGUUCUCAUUUUGUACAAUGUACAACCGUUGUCAUAUCAGCCCGCGUGUGUGUUGUGUGUGUGUUUUAUUGUGAACACACACACACACACUGAACUCUUAAUGUGUCUGAAUGUUUCAACUUUUGUUUUUUGUUUUUCAUUUUGUUUUUAACGUGGAUAUUAAAAAGCGACUGAAAGCAUGUUCUCCCUGACGAACACGGUUUGUGUUUCACACGAUGUGACUCUUCUUUUUUUAAACUUUUUAUAUUCAUCCAUCCGGCCGCGUUGCUUCAUAUUUACUUUGUUUUUUUUGUUUUUUUUUUCUUCUCUCUUCUCCGUGUGAAGCGUUUGGAUGUCAUUCCAGUCGGUAUCUGGUUUUUACCUGCAUGAGUAAAGGUGUGUACACCUUUUUUUUUUUUCUUCAAAGGGGGCGGGGCUUCUUCCUCCAACGUGAACAAACAUAAAUGUCCUUUUUUUUUUUUGUUUGUUUCUUUUUUCUUCUUCCCCUUUUGAACUUUUCAAAAUCUUCGAUGGAGCUCUUUUCACGCCUCCGAAGCUGCUCGCUUGCAGCUUUUAAAAAGUGAGUGAACGAAUAAACUUUAACCCCGGAUUUAUUCCAGGAUAGCGUGCGAGUUCCACACGGAUCCUUUCACCUCGGACUGGAAUGAAGUGGACGGAAGAGUCCUGCUGUUCUCCUGUUCUGCCCAUAUGUGAACUAUUACUCAUGGCUUAACAUUUUCUAUGCUUCCCACUGUUUAUUUUCUGUUCUUUUUUGUUUGUUUUUCUUUGACACUUUAGCUAGCAAUAUGUAUAUAAAUAUAUUCUAUGUGCUAACAUGGAGGAAAUAAAUGUAUCAACCAGUUCCUGUGA